ACUAUUUCAAAGAUAUUAUGGCCACCAGGAAGACUUAUUAGGACUGGGAAACAGAUAUGACGGUGGAAAGCGACUUAUGGGACACACUGCAAGCCAGACUUACGAAGCAAGAAAGGCUACUUCUUGACAGGCCAAUAUCAAAGGAGGAACUGAGACAUGCACUAAAGACGAUGGCGAAGGGCAAAGUGUCAGGAGACGACGGGCUGCCAAUAGAGUUCUUCAUCACUUGCUGGCACGACCUGGAGGCGAACGUCGUCAAAUUGUACAACGACAUUCUAACAGGGGGGCUGGUUGAUCUUCGAGAACAUUUUGCCAUUGAAGCCCUGGAGAUCCUGGAAAAGGAAGACUUGGACGUUGCAGUGCUGCUGAUCGACUUGGAGAAAGCUUACGAUCGAGUCAAUUGGACGUUUGUUAUGACAACUCUGAGGGUCAUGGGGUUUGGCGACGCGUUCUGCAGAUGGGUCAAAGUGCUCUAUGCCUUCUCAACGGCGGUGGUACAAGUCAACGGGGUCAGUUCAGAAGAAUUCCAACUCUCUUGCUCAAUACGGCAAGGGUGCCCUCUCGCACCUCUGUUGUUUGUACUACAGCUGGAUACUCUUCUGUCUGCAAUCAGAGCGAAUCCCGGAAUACAAGGUCUGCAGCUGCAAGGAGGAGGGGAAUGUCGGGUUAAAGCUUUAGCAGAUGAUCUCUUUGCCCUCUCGAUGAAUACAUCCUCCUCCCUGGAAGCAUUAAGGAUCUGUCUUCAUCAGUAUGUUGAGCUAUCGGAAGCAGCCAUCAACUGGAACAAAUCGUCGUUCUUCCUACCUGAGGAGUACCAAUUCCAAGCGCAGUGGGGCAUGCACAGAGUUCCAAUGGGAGAAGCACAAAGAUUUCUGGGUGUCAUGAUUGCAUUACGUGAUUCGAUCUCCUCACAAGAGGUAAUCCUGCAAGAGAGGGUAGUGGCGCAGAUCAAGAGUUGGGGAAGAGCCCCUCACCUUUCGCUGGUGGGCAGGGCAAUGGUUAUCACAAUGUCUGCCUUUUCCCUCCUCUGGUUUGUGCUGCGUACAAUCAAGUUAUCAGACUCAACUCUCAAAGCAAUCCGGGCAGCAGGAAGGCGAUUUCUGUGGAAACCAGAUGCUAAGGAAAAUCAAGGUUAUAUUGCCAAGGUUGCCUGGGAGACAGUCUGCGCCCCAAGGGAGGACGGAGGCCUGGCCAUAACAGAGCCAGGUUCACAGAAUCUCACCCUGCUGGCGAAUUGGCUAGUCAAAGUGGCGGAAGCACAGGAGCCGCCGGAUUGGUGCCUCAUGGCUGGACAUAUUUUGAUGAAUGAAUGGGGUAUGAGUCGGCCCUCUGAUGUAUGGCUGGCUUUGAUGACGGACUCAUUCCUCAACAAGCGGUUCAAGUCACCAUUCUGGAACAGUGUUCUGCAGGCUUGGAAGCAGGUGAAGCCAAACUACCGCACACAGCCCAACUCAAAAGAGGAGGUGAAAGCACAGCCGCUCUUUGAAAACUCCUUGAUUAGAGGGGUAGCGACGAUUGGCAACUCGUGGGACGAGCUGAGGAACUGUUGGUGUACUCCGGAAUACCUGAAAGAGAAGCUAGGCUGUCUCCCGUCUCAAGCAGAGAGGCUAGAGUUGUUGAUCCAAGCUGUACCGAAGGAAUGGAAACAGCUGCUGGGACCGGCAGCUGUUAACCCGCCAGGCACAUGGUUCAGAGGAACUCGAGGGGAGGAAAAAGAUAAAUUUUACAGCUCGAGUAAUUGGGAUGCGGAGCAGAAUGGCAAAUGUAGCCUGGAGGUGUUCACAAGAGCCAAUGCGUCCUCCACCAUACUUGGCUUGGCGGGAACAGUAACUCGCAGAGGAUUGAGUGGCCUGCAAGAGGUCAGGAUAAGGACAGACACAAGACUAGGCAGACAAAGACGGACGAUCCACAGUAUUGUUGCGGGAGGAGUACCAAUUCGAGAACUAAGAAUUGACCCAAAAAUGUGGGGUUGGGAGAUAGGAGAGGAGGUGGUGAAAGAUCUGAGCAAACUGAAUCUGGCGAUGGCAGGUCGCAAACGGGUGAGGUUAAAAAGAACGUGUCAUGAAGAAGAGGAGGACGACGACGAGAAGGGGGACGAGGAGGACACUAGGGAGGAGCAUAAUAAACAGGAGGAUAGUAAAGGGGAGGAUAAUAUAGGGGAGGACAAUGAAGGAGACUAUAACAGCGAGGAAGCUGAUGAAGAGAAGCCGAUGAGGAUGAAGAACGGAACGGCAAAACACAGAAGAAUAUCAAGAGAGCAGGUGGAGAAGGAGGAGGAGGAGGAGGAGGAGGAGAGGAAGAGGAAGAGGAAGAGGAAGAGGAGAGGAGAGGAAGAGGAAGCGAGGAGGAGAGGAAGAGGAGGGCAGGGGGGGAGGAGGAGAGGAAGAAGAGGAGGGGGAGAGGAAAAGAGGAGAGGAAUCGAGGAGAACAGAAGAGAAGAGGGGAAGAGGAGAAGAGGAGAGAAGAGGAGAGAAGAGGAGAGAAGAGGAGGAGGGGAUGGUGAUGAAGAGAAGUAGCGAACGGAGGAGAGAAGGUCCACAGCUUAGGAGGAGCCGUGAGUGCGUCGAAGAAGGAUCAGCGAGGUGGAGAAGGGGACCCAUGUUAUCGUUAUUAUAAAUUACUCAUUUUCAUGAUGCUAGUAUCUUGUUGUUUCAAUUAUAUUAUUAUAUGAUGAUGACGAUGGUCAUGAUGAGGAGGAGGAGGAACGAAGAAGGAGAUGACCAAGGAAAAGAAGGGACAAGGGCGGAAGUCGGUGAUCGCAGCACAGCUGUCUUUCAGAAAAGCGAUCACUCUAGAUCGCCAAAGACUGAGUUCUUUUUUCUCGUGUUCUCUUUUUUUACCGCAGGUAAAAAGUGUGGUGAAAAGUUAACAUUCUCACGAGCCUCUCUCUCUCUCUUUCUCUCUCUCUCUCUCUCUCUCUCUCUCUCUCACCUUGGGCAGAAGCCGCUCCUGUGGGCUCAACUAACGAUACUCCCGAGUGAGAUCCAAAAGAAUUGUCGACAAUUAGAACAACAGUGGGCGAGAGGAGGGGUGAUAAAGAAAGCGGAGCUCA